AUGAAGCAGAGGUUCUCAUCUUUGGACGUAAAGGUCAUCACACAGGAGCUAGCCUCAGAGCUGGUUGGACUCCGCGUGUCCAACAUCUACGACUUGUCCUCACGCAUCUUCCUCUUCAAGGCCGCCAAGCCAGACCACAGACGGCAACUUAUCGUCGAUUCUGGCUUUCGCACACAUGUCACCCACUAUUCCCGCACAGCGGCUACAGCUCCUUCUCCCUUCGUCGCUCGCCUCCGCAAGUUCCUUAAGUCUCGGCGUAUAACCGGGAUCUCUCAAAUUGGAACGGACCGAAUCAUCGACUUCUCUUUCAGCGAUGGCGCAUACCAUAUGUUCCUGGAAUUCUUCGCUGGAGGCAACAUCAUUGUCACCGACAGCGAGUAUACCAUCAUUGCGCUUUUCCGACAAGUCAAUGCUGGCGAGGGCGAGGAGGCUAAACUAGGGAUCAAAUACACGAUCACCAACAAGCAGAACUACGCCGGUAUCCCCGAUAUCACCGACGCUCGCAUUACCGAAACCCUAGAAAAGGCACAAACUCUUGCUGCACAGGAAGGCAGUGGGCCAAAGAAAUCGAAGAAGAAGAAUACCGAUGUUUUGCGCAAGGCUCUUUCGCAGGGUUUCCCCGAAUAUCCACCCCUCCUACUCGACCACGCCUUUGCAAUCAAGGAGCUUGAUCCAGCGACGCCGCUCGAGCAGAUUCUUGGCAAUGAAGCUGGUAUCAAAAACGUCAGAGGUGUGCUGGAAGAGGCCCAGAAAGUCUCCAAUAGUUUCAAUACUGGUAGUAGCCAUACUGGUUACAUCAUCGCAAAAGAAGAUUCCCGAGUUCCCACGGAGGACGAGAAUGCUUCGAAAACACCUGGUUUGCUGUACGAAGACUUCCAUCCCUUCCGGCCUAAGCAAUUUGAAGGCAAACCAGGGCUCAAGGUGUUGGAAUUCGAGCGCUUCAAUGCUACAGUGGAUGAAUACUUCUCGUCAUUGGAGUCUCAGCGAUUGGAGUCGCGACUCACCGAACGCGAAGAGGCUGCUAAGCGGAAACUGGAUGCUGUGCGAGACGAGCACCGGAAGCGAGUUGACGCCCUCAAGGUUGCGCAGGAGCUGCAUAUCCGCAAAGCCGGUGCCAUUCAAGACAAUGUCUACCGUGUACAAGAAGCAAUGGAUGCUCAAGGCCGUGGGAACCCGGUUGCUCAGAUUAUCAAGCUACCUCUGAAGCUGUAUGAGAAUUCCAUCACCCUCUUACUUGGUGAAGGCGACGAGGGGGAAGAGGAAGAGGAAGAACUUGAGUCGAGCGAUGAAUCGGAGUCUGACUCAGAGAAUGAAGAAAAAGAGAGGAAGACCCGGGCAGACGCUGCUUCCAAGAUGUUGGCCAUCGAUAUCGACCUGGGUCUCUCUCCUUGGGCCAACGCUUCGCAAUAUUACGAUCAGAAGAAGCAAGCGUCAGAAAAGGAGCAGAGGACUGUUCAAUCGUCCGCAAAGGCGCUCAAAAGUCACGAAAAGAAGGUGACAUCUGAUCUGAAAAAAUCUCUUAAGCAAGAGAAGCAAGUGUUACGACAAGCUCGUGAGCCAUUCUGGUUCGAAAAGUUUUCAUUCUUCAUUUCCUCGGAAGGAUAUUUGGUACUCGGCGCUCGCGAUUCCAUGCAGAGCGAGCUCCUUUACCGGCGGUACCUCAACAAGGGCGAUAUCUUCAUUCAUGCAGACUUGAAAGAUGCGAUGCCGUAUGUUGUCAAGAACAGGACUGGGGCCGCAGAUGCUCCCAUUCCCCCAAGCACGCUUUCGCAAGCAGGAAACAUGUGUGUCGCGACGUCGACGGCGUGGGACUCCAAAGCGGUGAUGUCUGCCUAUUGGGUGCACGCAAACCAAGUUUCCAAGACCGCAGACAACGGCGCUGGUAUCUUGCCGCCAGGUACUUUCCAGAUAAAGGGUGAGAAGCAUUUCCUCGCGCCAUCCCAGUUGGUCCUUGGAUUUGCUAUUCUGUUCCAAGUCAGCCAAGAGAGCAUCAAAAAUCACAAGCAGCGCUUUGAAGCUGUCGACACUUCAGAUGAGAGAUCUACAGCCGACAUCCAGGACAAGCCAUCCACCGAUUCUGCGCCUGAACCCACGGAGGAACAGGCCGAUACGGAAGCUCCUAUCGAUGCGAACGAAGAUGUCGAUGAGCAAGAUGAAGACGAGCAGAAGCAUGAAGAUGAGCAAAGAGAUGAAGAGGAUGAUGCGAACUUAACUGCUCGGAAUCCUCUUCAGCGGGGUGAUUCUGAGACCCCUAUCACCAAAGCCAAGGAAUCCGAAGAGAAACCUGCCCACGAGGAGGAAUAUCGAACCGGCAGCUCCGAGUCUGAUCCUGAGCCCGAGGACGACACACAUGACGUCCAAACGGCUGAAGACCCCCAAGAAGGACCAGACGACAACGAAUCCACGUUGGCUGGAACUCAUGACCUUCCGGGCUCUGAUCAAAAAGAAGAGAAGCUUUCGGCACGGGAGCGACGUGCGCUCCGGCAGGGAAAGAAGCUCGAUCGACCUGAGGAAGAACCAGCCCCGGCACGCGUUGCGCCCACGCGUGGUAAGCGAGCCAAGGAGAAGCGUGCUGCUGCAAAGUAUGCUCAGCAAGAUGACGAGGAGCGUGAGCUUGCCCUCCGUCUACUUGGAGCUGGCAAGGGUAAAGCGGCCAAGGCGGCCCAGGCUGCAGAGGCUAAAGCCCAACGGGAUCGAGAGGCUGAAGCACAGAAGCAACGCCGCCGGGCACAACACGAACGAGCCGCUGAGGCGGAGAAGAAACGCCAGGCUCUCUUUGGUGAAAAUGGAGGCGAUGACUACAAUGAGGAGGUUGCUGCUGCCGAAGCCGCCGAUCUUAGCUGGAUUCCUGCUCUCAUUGGCACACCUACGCCAGAUGAUGAGAUCCUAGCGGCUCUCCCGGUUAAGCUCCAACCUGGUGCUGUCAAGAAAGGCAAGGCUGUCAAGGAGAUUGUUGGUCGCUGGGUAUCAGAGACGACCACCGGUAAGGUGAAGAAGGAUCAUGCGGAAGACGCUGGUUUUUCUCGGGCUGAUGCGGAACGUAUCCGGGCCCGGGAAGGAGAACUGAUUAAAGGAUGGAAAGAGACCGAGAUCAUCAACACGAUGCCUGUGGGUAAGGUACGCAUCAUGACUGCUGGUAAUGCGGGAGGAAAUGGUGGGGACAAGGGCAAAGGCAAAGGUGGUGGUGGCGGUAAAGGAGGGGGGAAAGGAGGCAAAGGUGGAAAGAAGAAAUAA